GUGGUGCUGCCCUUGUAGUCCUGGGCAGAAAAUGGCAAUGAGGCAUGACCCUAGCCUUCCUCCUUGCGGUAGAUCCCUGAGCUUCUUGGAGGAGGGGCUUUCUAGGCACACUGCACUGCCUAGAGCUCUGAGAGCCAGGCCCAGAUCCAUGCUCAGUGCUAAGGGACAGCAUCGAGCUAGCAAGCCAGCAGUGUGUCUGGCCUGACCAAUACCUGACCCUGACAGUGAGGGGAGGAUCUGGGGACCAUCGCAAAGCUCCCAGAGGUAUCUACAAAGCGGGCAGUAGGAAUGGCUUCUCGGGGUCCCUAGACUUCCAGGGUCCAGAGAAGAAAGGGUUCAGCCAGUACCUAGGAGCCCAGGGCCAGCUUUGACCCUUGACCUAUGAAGGGGCACGGUAAGACCUCCAGGCUGCCCCCUGCUGCCCUCCCAGGGCUUCCCCUUUGAACUAGAGCUCACACUGCUCUCCCUCCACCCAGAGUCCUGUGUAAAGACACAGAGCCCAGAGACACUGUCCUCUCCAGACUAAGCUCCUUCUGUCUUUGGUCAGGCAAAGGACAGAUCUGAAUGCCCACUGGCCCCCUAAGAUCCUGCAAGCAGGCUGGGCAAUGUGUCCACAGGCACCAGCAGAGGGGCCUUAGAUUCCAUGGAGUCCUGUUUGUUUUCACGUUCCAGAUGCUAGCCACUGACGCUCUGUGGUGGCACUUUCCUUCCACAGACCAUGUUCCAUGCUCCUGCUCUCCUGCCCCUGGGGUCCCUGCCCAGCCCUGUGGGCAUUUUAGUCCCUCGGCCUGCCUUUUGCCCUGUCCCCCACCCUAGCCUUACCAUGUCUCUUGAGGACAAGCUCCCAGCUAUUUCCUGCCUUGGGCCAUUGAGGGCACCUCUGGCCUCUGCCAGUUUUUCUGGAUGUGCCUCCUCAUCUCAGCCCAGCUUGCUUCUUCCAUCAGUGCUGGGCAUCUGCCCCCACGAAGGUCAGUGUCCAUGCCCCACUGGCCUGCACGGCUGACCAAGGCAGGACUGAUCGGCGUGGGUUCCCAGCAUCCAUACAACCUGUGGCCCAGGAUGUUGAGUGAGUGCUGCAAGAGAAGCGAAGAGCCGAGAAGGAGGAGGAGGAGGAGGCUGCGGAGGUGGGGUCGGGGAAACCCAGAACCCAGCCUCGGUGAAGUCAAGCAGGCCUCUGAGAGAGGGUAGUCUCUUAGCCAGGGGCCCCACGAGCAGUUCCCGCAUCAGGGCAGCGCCGGGGUCCUCCAUCUCCCUUCUGACCCUGGACCUUGGGUUGCAGCCCACUGUCUGUCUUGGACUCAGGCUUUUACAAACCGGAUGGGAUUGAGGUGAGGGUGCUACCUGGGUCCCUCAUGCAGAAGCCUAUCUGGUGCAGCUGAAGCAGGCGUCUCCUCUGGUCUCAAGGCCUGAUGGGCCGGCCAAGUGGGAGGAGGGCUUAGAGCCAUGGUGGGUUUGGGCACAGCCACUCGCUGCAAUAUUGAUGGCCCGUCAGUGCAGCCCUGAUUCCUGUGCUUUCAGUUAAAAGGUUUCUGUUGUUGUAGCUUAUGCAGUUGCUCUGUUGCUAUGGAAACGUGACAUCAAAAUGACGUUUCCCGUUUAAAAGCUUUUAACUAAAUUCCUGCCUGUCAGAUGUAGGCCCCAUUUUGAGCGUGGAGCUGCCUCAAGCAAGCGAGUGAACCGGUGCACUGCCUCCUGCUCAUGGUGCGCUGGCCGGGCCUGGGGCCCUGCCUGAGCGCCAUCCUUAACCCUGCAGGUGCCUCCAGCAUGGCUGCAGCCGAAGUGCCCAGCUACCUUGUGUCCCCUCAGACUGAGAAGCACCGCCGGGCCCGCAACUGGACCGACGCCGAGAUGCGCGGCCUCAUGCUGGUCUGGGAGGAGUUCUUCGACGAGCUCAAGCAGACCAAGCGCAACGCCAAGGUGUACGAGAAGAUGGCCAGCAAGCUCUUUGAGAUGACUGGGGAGCGCCGGCUAGGCGAGGAGAUCAAGAUCAAAAUCACCAACAUGACCUUCCAGUACAGGUCAGAGGAGCGGCCCAUGAAGAAGCGGAAGGUGCAGAGCUGCCACCUGCAGAAGAAGAAGCUGCGGCUGCUGGAGGCCAUGCUGGAGGAGCAGCGCAGGCUGAGCCGUGCCAUGGAAGAGACGUGCCGGGAGGUGCGCCGCGUGCUGGACCAGCAGAACAUCCUGCAGGUGCAGAGCCUGCAGCUGCAGGAGCGCAUGAUGAGCCUGCUGGAGAAGAUCAUCGCUAAGUCCAACGUCUAAGCCUGCCGGGGGUGGACCUGGGCUCGGGGCCCUCCCACCCAGGCAGGGCUCCAGGGAGGGGACAGGCUUCAGUCUAGCCUCCACGGGCUGCUCUAAAGGGCUUUCCAGGACCCCAGUGGCCUUGGGAGACCGUGGGACCCCCAUCUCCAGCAUUAACAGCCUUCCUCGGACACGGGCCGGGGACUGCAGGGCCACUCCCAGUGAGAAGGUCCCAGAUCUGCUCUCCAGUGUAGUCACUCUCGAUGAUACUUGA